UACCAUGCUAUCAACCUCAGAAACAUAUCUCGUACACCGAGGCUAAACUUGAUCGCUGAUUCCAGGAAAUCAUAUCCUUUUCACUCACCAUGGCCGACAAAGAAUUCACAUAUGCCGAGGUUUCCACCCACACCACCAAGAAGGAUGUCCACCUUGUGAUCCACGACAUUGUCUACGACGUCACCUCGUUCGUCGACGAGCACCCCGGUGGUGAGGAGGUCAUUCUCGAUGUCGGUGGCCAGGAUGCCACCGAGGCCUUUGAGGAUGUCGGCCACAGCGACGAGGCCCGCGAGGUAUUGGAAGGCUUGAAGAUUGGUGUUCUCAAGAGAUCGGCGGAUGACCCGAAGCCCAAGGUCUCCCAACCUGCGAACACAUCCUCAAGCUCCUCUGGCUCAGGCUCCGGUGGAUUUGGCAUUGGCCUGUACGCCGUCGUCUUGGUUGCUGCUCUCGCCUACGGUGCCUACCACUACUUGGAAUUGAACGCCGAGAAGGCGUAACGACAUUUUCCCCCAUCUUUCUUUUCGGGCCAUGAUUUCGCUUCGUGUAGACCUCUCAUCUCCUGAAGCAGUGUUCCCGCC